AACAAAAAGUGACACUGCCAAAGUUUGGUUUUUCCUUUUCUUCGCAACCGAUCACAUCACACACAGUCGUGAAUCGUGAAAAAGGGCACGGAAUGUUCUAACAAGGGAAACUAAAAUUGUGAAACACGUCGCGAAAUACUUGAAAAGUGUUGAAAGUCGUGAAUUUAUCGGUUCGUUUGGUUUGCGCGUAAAGAAUGAGUGUAGUUGGCAAGAAGUUAUCGACGAUUACGACGGCUCCCUCUGCUGGAGCAGCAUCUGGUGAUAGUUCUGGGAGCGGAGCGACACCCAUUAGUAAUCCGCCCCAUCCGAAGGUGAUCACUCCGGAGUAUGUGCUAAAGUUGAACAAAAUUACCGACGAUUAUCUGUGCUCUCCGGAUGCGAACAUUUACGACAUCGAUUUUACCCGAUUUAAAAUCCGGGACAUGGAAAGUGGGGCAGUGCUGUUCGAAAUUGCCAAGCCAUCCGCGAGUGAAUCGGUGCACAAUGCUGAAAACAACAGUAGUUCAGCGGCACCAGCUGAGGGGUGUAAUGCCAACAGUGCUAUUGGUAACGAGGACCAUGUCAACGACGAGGAGGAAGCCCUGGAACCGAAUGCGGGGCGAUACGUCCGAUAUCAGUUUACACCACAGUUCCUGAAGCUAAAAACCGUCGGAGCAACAGUCGAGUUUACUGUUGGCAGCAAAUGCGUGAAAAAUUUCCGAAUGAUCGAGCGACACUUUUUCCAAGAUCAGCUUUUGAAAACGUUCGAUUUUGAGUUCGGAUAUUGCAUUCCGUACUCGAAGAACACCUGUGAGCAUAUUUACGAAUUCCCUACCAUCCCACCGGACCUAGUAAACGAAAUGAUCAUAAACCCGUUUGAGACGCGCUCGGAUAGCUUCUACUUUGUGGACAACUGUCUGGUAAUGCAUAACAAAGCAGACUACGCGUACAACGGAGGUCUUUGAGCUUAAUCAACCGAAAAGUUAUAUAACUCAAAAAAAAACAUUAUCGUACUAUAUUUUCUACAUCUCUGAGUGAUUUAUUACUAUUAAACACUUUGAAAGCACUACUUCUAACGAGAGAAUAGUGUGCAAAGAGUAAACAUGAUCGAUGGAAGACGAUUAGGUAAACGAUGUUUAAAACCGAUUUUAGAAUGUUAGACUACAAGAUAUAAUCUUAACUAAAUGGAAAAGAGCAAAAGCAGCGAUUCUUGUAAGAAGCAAAAAAAGAAUCGUCUAAUUUUAAGAUAGUCUACAUAAAAUUUCGUUGUCUACAUGAAUGGAGCAAAAAAGUAUGAAAACUAAUCAAAUCACCUUUCUUGCCUUAAUGAUUUGUUGUCACUAAUUAGGAAUAAUGUUCCCAUUACACCAAAAAAUUAUAAGUAGUUUAAAAGAAACCAAAAAGACACACGGUAUAAGUAUAGCUUCGCAGUGCUUAAUGAGCUCUUUAAUUUCUCCUGAGUUUCCAAUCAGUCGUUGAGAAUGGCAUCAGCUAGAAGAGGAAGCAAAAUAAUGAAAGUAGGCUAAAAGGCAAACAUCCUCAUAGCAGCACUAUGUCUCGCCAAGGACGUUUCCUCAUUGCAAGUCCUGGGCACUAUGAGAAUGGGUGGGAGUUGGGUGGUUCAAGGGUUAUAUUUGGAAAGCAUGGGGAAUGGGUGGAUGUACAUCCGUGCAGAAAGGAAGACUGUUUGAGGAGGAGGUAAAACAAGAAACGACACAGCUAAACGGAGUACUGCUACACAAUCAUUGAUUGCUAGUUUAUUCUUUUUUGUUUCACUAUUUCCCCAAAUUUUCAAGACAUGCACAAAUGGAGAGUAUGAUUCAAAAUGAACUCUAGUAGCAAAAUGGCUGAGAGCAUGGAAGGUUCUUCCUGAAUAUCCCAUUUUAGUGUAAUAACUGGCUUACAAGAUAAUACUGCCUACGACCAAACAACUAAAAAACUGAUUGUAUUGAAUAAUUCUUUCAUCAAAUAUGAUUUAGAUUGAACAUUCAAUUACACAAAAAACUACUUGCAUUCCAACAGGAAACUACAAAGUCAUGAAGGUUGCAUUUUUCUUCAUCUUCCCUCGCAUAUCGUUUGUUUUUCCCAUCAGUUGCGUUGGGUCUUUUUGCCCGCCGGUUGCUCUACUUGAACUCGACACUCCACAGGAAGCAAGGCGAGUAGGUCGUACCGGCCGUAUGACAAAAAGUUUCCCCUCUUCUACAUUGUGCAUUUGCACUUCCUCAACAGCCUGACCCUGAUGGCUGCUGCUGGCUGAACGAACAAGCACUGCGGGAAAUUAGGCCUACAAUCGAGCAAUCACGUUCUGUUCACGGUUCAACGCUGUCUGUUUGUCUGCUGCAGACAUGGAGGUUUGUUUGGGUUUGCCACUGAUCCGAUUUGUUGGUAACAUAAUAAGGCUUUGAUAAAUGAUAAUUAAACUCUCGGAAUGCAACUUUUACGUAGUUGAAUGUGAAGUUCUGUUUGUUUAUGCGUGAACAGAAAAUUAUCUGACUCCACUUCAUUUUAUUUGUUUCUCUCUAAGUUAGGGUAUUGGUUCCCUUCUUAAGCAUGUGGCUCCCAUUUUCAUAUAUGUUUUCGGACUCCUAUUAAACGAAUACUACUAGACUGAACUAUGAGAUGUUUAAAAUUUGCCUGUUCACUAGCACCGCCUAGUGGCGGAUUUUCGAAACAAGUGUCUUAUCGAUCAACAUUGCCGAAGACACGAUGUUUCUAAGUUAUCAGGAUACUGAGCCAUGAAAUUUUUAAAAUUUUCGUGUUUAUUAGCGCCGCUUAGUGGCAGAAUUUCGAAACAAGUAUCCCAUUUUACGUAAGUCUAUGUCAUGCUGAGCAUCUUUGCCGAAGACACCAUCUUCAAAAGUUUUCAGAAUUCUGAGAUAUGAGGUUUUGAAAAUUCACAUGCUCACUAGCGUCGCCGAACUUCGAAGCUCAUCAUAUGUAAGUUAUUGGCAUAUCCAACAACUUUUCCGAAGACACUAUCCUUGAGCUGUCCCAUGUCGUAACAGUUGCUUGACAACCUAAUAUGGGUCCUGUAGUGCAAUUUAGCUUCAACAUGUUGAUGACACCUCUAGCGGCCAAGUUACCAACUAAUCAUAUAAACCAAAGUUCUAAAUGGUAGAUUUUUUCCAUCACUACAACCUUGCCGAAGAAAAUAUUGCGCUAUUUCUUAACAUACCCGAGAUAAUUGGUAAUACCCCAAAAUAGCCGAAAUCCUGACGAUCAAGUUCCUGGUACAUCUUCUCAUUGUCUUUAAAUUAAGAACUUAAGGAUAAAUACCAGAUGACGAAGUUUUUGGAUGAUACAGAAAUUCAUGGAGGACUUUUUAAAAGUAUUCGAAAACAUACUCUUGAAAAAAAAAUGUACACGGAGACAAAUUUCGUUCGUUUGAAACAAAAAUACCGUCAAGGCACCAUUCACCGUGGAUCUAAGAUGAUUCGGGGCAAAUAAGGUCUGUCAUUUGACACCAGUCUUAUAAACAUUGUUGGUGCCGCUUUUAAUUGCCUUCAUUAUAGGUUAAAAUUAAAGUAAUAUCCACAGAAGUAGAAAAUUUUUCACAAAAUUUGGUGAUAUAGUACAAUUAGUAAAGAAUAGUAUGGUCGCCUAAUUCCGUAGUAGGUCACCAUUCACCGUGGUAGUAGGGACCCAUUCACCGUGUAUGAAAAAAUUUAUUCUACUUUGUUUAAAAAUGAUCAAACCAACCCAGCCAAGGGAAUUUUCUUAGUUUAAAUUCAUUUCAAGUAAUAACUUGCAAGAUUUUAUUAGAAAAACGAAUGUUCAAAUUUUCGAUUUUUUAUAGAUAUAUGGGACAAUAUGGGGCACGGUGAAUGGAGACCAUUGAUUUUUAGGGUACCCAUUUACCGUGCCUUUUUGUUUCAAUUAAAAAGUACGAGUAAUCGUACUUUCUUGUUAAACUUACUUCGGUAAUGCAAAAUACAUACCUGAUAUGUGAAUUUAAUCGCUUCUUGGUGGAAUAAAAACGUUACUACAUUUAGUUUAUCGAUCGAAAUCACCUUAGCGCAGUUUUCGUUUUUUUUUUCACUAUGAAUGCAGUGAUCGAGCAGAAACCCGCUUCAUGUAAACAUACUUUAAUGUCAAAAUGAUACUUUUAAAUGUUUUUAAUGAGCGUUUUGACAUGGUAACAAUAGGCCUUUUCAUGUGACAGAUCCGUGCAUGCAUUUGUUUACAAAGCUUGAACAACAGCUGCUAACAAGAACGUGUCAUCUUCAUAGAAGAACUGUCAAACACCCGAACAAUCAGCUGAUAUAAGACGUCAAAUGAAAAGGCCCAUACAUUAGUGAUGUAUUGGUGAAAUUGAAGGGAAAUUGUCAUAUCAUUCAAUCAUAAUAUGGAAAUAAUGAAAAAAUAUUCGAAGGCACACGGUGAAUGGAGCCCCCACGGUGAAUGGCGCCUUGACGGUAUUCAUGUUUAUUCGGUAAACUGAUAAAACGUUUAAAACUAAAAUUUUAAUUUUUAAAACUAACUCAAUUACACAUUUAUUUCGACAAUUCCCAUUGAGGAGCCCCCCGUUCUGCCGUCGAGAACAUGUCCAUGUCUGCAUGUCCUUCCUGAUGUUUCCUGAACGCCAUAAAGGAUAACCAACCACCUCUGUGCCAUCGUCUGAUGAUGGUGUGAUAAAUUGCUUUUCAAUGUACACUCCCGAUCAAAAGUUUGGGGUCAACCCCUCAAAAACAUGUCAUUUUUUUAGGCCCAUAUCUCCGCCAAUUUACGUCCGAUUUCAAAACCCUAGGUUUCAUUCAAAAGAUAAUAAGUCAAAGGAACUUUGAACAUGAUUUAAAAGAAACUUUAAAAAAAAUUGUAUGUAAACUUAAUCCAAAGUUGCAAAAUUUUCUAAAAAAUGAAUAUAAACUUGCGGCAGUGUCGCUGGAAAUUGGGUCGACCAAAUUUUAAGAUGAGAGCGGUAAUAUAACCCAUUUUCUAUUAGCUUUCAACUGCUGUUUACUGAACUUAGCUGAAAAAUCUAGAAAAAAAAGUUAUUAAGUAAAUUAACUCUUCAUGUUAUCGACCAAAAGUUUGGGGUCACCCCUCAAUAUGAUGUAUCAGCCAAAAGUUUGGGGUCACUUUCGUAAAACAUGGAAAAGUGAUUUGGUGAUAUCUUCGUCAUCUAUAGUUCAAUUUUAAUUCUUUUUGGCUUAUUUCAAAGAUAAUUAAUUAAAUUUAAGUUUAUAUUCAUUUUUUAGAAAAUUUGGCAACUUUUGGUUAAGCUUACAUACAAAAUUUUUUGAAAAAGUUUCUUUUAAAUCAUGUUCAAAGUUUCUUUGACUUAUUAUCUUUUGAAUGAGACCUAAGGUUUUGAAAUCGGACGAACAUUGACGAAGAUAUGGGCUUAAAAAAUGACAUGUUUUUGAGGGGGUGACCCCAAACUUUUGAUCGGGAGUGUAUGUACCAUACGGUCGGGCUAAUUGAAUAUAAUCUUGUAUAAUCUGCGCCCCUACGUCGUCGGGUGAUGGGUAUUGAUUGACCAAAACGGGUUGUCACGAAACAUCGACUGACGACCGGUUUGAUCAAUCCCUGGCGAUGUCGCAGAUGCAGCCCAACCAAUAGAUUGCAUAUCAAUUCGUUUAGGUACAGUACUCCGGUUAGUUAGCUUUGAAAUGGAAAGAAUGAAUCAUUAAAUGUUGCAAACUUUUUUUAAGUUACAGUGAUUUCAGUGCACUCUGUAUGUAGCCAAAACAUGUUCAUUCCUGAAAAAAAGGUUAAUUUGAGAUAUACGCCGUAAUUGUAGUCACGUCCAUGUAGGAGUAAGUAUUGUGCAAUUAGAUCAUUAGUGUAAUAAACAAUCGCAAUUGCUGAUUAUUUUUCACUUGAGAUUCAAAGUGUUCCUAAAAUUGCCCUGAUUGACAAUUUUCCUAAAUGUACUACCGAAGGCGAUUCCGCAUUGAGUAAUUCCACACUUCAUUUCAAUUUGUUCCCUCCGUAUUUUUUAUGUGAUGUUCUACUCAAAAUCCAUUCUUUUUGAACAAAAGAGUAGGACGUCAUUUUAUUAUUUCAUAAGCAUCAUUAUUUUUUUCUCUUUUUAUUCACGAUAUUACCAAAAGUACAAUACAAGCUAAUGGGUCCCAUCCGCUAUUAUGGUUAAAUGAGGGUAAAAACAAAUAUCCAACGAUUUUUUCGUAAGCAGUUCUAAAUUGAGUUUAAAUAAGGGCGAAAGUAACAUGAGCGAGUUCUCUUCAUGGACUCUCUCUUCUUCAAAUCAAAGUGACAAGAUGCAAGUAUGAUUGCACUUUUUGGUCAUAAAUCGCUAAAUUGCGAUGCAAUCUAGCGUCUAAAUGUAAAAAAGUUUGAUUGAAUUUGCAUCUUGUUACUUUAAUUUGCAGAAGAGAAAGUCGAUGAAGAGAAUUCUCUCAUGUUACUUUCGCCCUUAUUUAAACUCAAUCUAGAGUUAUUCGGUUUGAACCAAGGAUGGGAUCAUUCAUUUGCAGUCAUUUACAUUCACUUGCUGUUAACUCGCUUCAGAAACAUCUCAGCGAAAAUCAAUGUAUGGAACACUUUUUCAUUUUUGAUUUAUCUACGACUUUGUAGAAGAAUAUAUAAGCGUAAAAUCAAUAAUUAAGUCAACAGAAAGCAGCAAACGCAACUCUCCACGGCGUGAAUGUAAUUUACAUUCAUCACGUGGAGAGUUGCCUUCACAUCUCGCUCAUGAGUUUGGUAUGCGUGUGCGACCCCAAUGUUAUUCGACAAACUUUCAGAUAAAAUUACAAGGUUAAAUUCAUCCAUACAUUGUUUUUUGACAGCAUGCUUCUGAACUGAGAUAAUAGCAAGUGAAUGUAACUUUUUGCAAAUGAAUGGUCCCAUCCCUGGUUUGAACAACCCUUGAUCUUAUUCAUUAUUAUUAUAAAAAAAAUAUUUCAACACGGCAUGCAAAAUGUCUUUUUAGUGAAAUUUUGUCACAAGCAUUGCAAAAAAAAUAAUCUCAUGUGCAAAAUUCAACUUAUAUAGUUAUUGCAAGCAUUCCAUCAGUAUGUUGCAUUUGAUCUCAUAUAUACAAAUUUAUUUCUAGUUCUACUUUUAGUUUACUCACAUAAAAUCUACAGCAAAAUCGUACUAAAGAAUCUUGAUAUUUGUUGCAUUACCGUAGCUGUAAGAUGGUGUUAGAAUAAAAACGUAGAAAAUUGUUUAGAUGUGCAGCACAUAGUGAACACCCACACGUAAGAGCAAAACCAUCACAAAGACAGGAGCACGAUUGCAUAUUCCAAUAUAAACAAAAUAGAUUAACCCAUGAAAAUACAGAUAAAAUAUAGAAAAUAAAGUGCACGACAGCACGAUUGAUACAAAACACUCCCAAACUAAAGAAAGUAAACCUAACUAACGAAAAAUAGACCGCCCAUGAACAAAAACAGCAAGGGUAAGCAGUUUGUUAAAUUUUAUGGGACAUCAGCUUCUGUCACGUGUUUAUUAACAAAAAAAAAUGAAACAAAAGAAAAAAAUGAUACAUUUUGAGACAAAAAAAAAUACAGGAAAAAUCGUUUCUGGCAAAUCGAAUACUACUAGUCAAAAUGUGGAAGCUAAAAACCAAAGCAAGCGGCAAGCAGGAAUUUAAAAUUUAAUGGAUCAUGGUAUGUGUAAGACACGUUUAUUUUACCCACGUUAGUACAAAUUUGUUUUGUGUUUGUUUUUCAUGCAAUCAAAUCAUGAUUUUGAAAUAGAAAUAUCACUUGUUCGAUGUA